GGCCGCCCCGUCACAGGUUUCUCCUCAAUCUUACUUUGAGCCUUCAGCUUCCGCCUGCGACCCCGGCUACUUGCUCUACGGCCCUUUUUGCUACCGCUACUUCUUGGAGGCCCAUAAGUCUUGGCAGGCAGCUGAGGAUGACUGCGUCGCACGGGGAGGUCACCUGGCAAGCGUCCACUCGCAUGAAGACGGCAAAUGGAUGCUGGCUCACACAGGCUACAAUUCUUGGCUGGGACUGCAUAAAACAUCAAACAAGUUUGAGUGGACUGACAAAACGUCUUCAGACCUCAUUUUGUGGCAGCAAGGUCAUCCAGAUAGCUCUCUCUACGGUACUCUGUCAAACAUUGGACUGAUCUUUACCAGCAGCAACCCGGGGCGCUACAUCUGUCAAAAAGCCAAGUCCACCAGUCCUCCUCCGCCGCUCCCAGGUGGGUCAGGGGCCGGCGGCACGUGUUCCCGCCCGUGCGCCAUCCGCGGCGAUUCUCACCAUUUGUGCCUUGCAGCCUGGAGCGACAAAUGCGGCUGGGAGUGGCUGGACAACCCCGCCAACGACUUUUGCUACCUGAUGAGAGGGAACCAGCUCAAAAGCUGGAAGGAGGCGCGCGACGACUGCAACCGCCACGAUGCCCAUCUGCUCAGUAUCACGGACUCUCACGAGCAGGCCUUUGUGCACGGUGUGUGUGUGUGUGUCUUAAUGUUUGCACUCGUGUUUUGGCGCGACCAUGUGGAAACUUUGAUUCAAAGGUCACAGCAAGGCCAUGCUCACCACUCCCUCGCUGUGGCUGGACGCCGACGCCCCCUUCGCCGAGAGCGGCGGCCGGUGGGCCGACGGCUCCCCGUUCAGCUACGUCCACCUGAGCGCCGGUCACCAUGGCGACAAAGUUGGGGGACGCUGCCUUUCCUUUCUCAUUGACAACGGCGACUGGAAAUUUGACGUGUGCGAGAUCAAGAGAGGCUACAUCUGCAAGAGAAGAGCGGCGACAGCGCAACAAGCUCCGCUGCCUCACGCCGGUUUCCUCAAGCAAGAGAUAUGCGAGAACGCCGACAACCGAGCCAUUUGCCCCGAGGACAGAGUCAUGCGCAUCCAGUCGGCCUUCUACGGACGGAGGAGCAGCAACGUCUGCUCGGCCCAACGCGGCUCAGACGCCAAAUGUAGGGUGGAAGGUGCCCUCCUUCACUACAGGAAAGAGUGCGACAACUGCCACCAGUGCCUCGUCAAGCCCAUGAAGGAGGACCCCUGCCCCGAGGUCUCCAAAUACCUCCAGAUGGUCUACACCUGCGAAACGGACGAGUGUUUUGACAGUUUAGGCAACACCCAAGGCAGCCUGAAAAAGUUGAAGCUGAGAGCCUCCUCCUCAUUGAGCGGCUUCGGCCCCGACAAGGCUUGCCUCAAUGGGAAAAGCUGCUGGAAACCGUUGAAGCCUAUGGACAGCUGGAUCGAGGUGGACUUAGGCGAGAUGAAAAAAGUGACCGGGAUGGAGAUCCAGAUGUGUCCUUGGGCCUCCUCCAGGCACUGGUCCAGGUUUAAGAUGACCCAUAGUUUGGACGGACAGGACUGGACCGGCCACUCCCAGAUGCUUUCCCCCGGAGCGACUCAGACCCUGAUGGAGCCCAUGCUAGCCCAGUUCAUCCGCAUCCUGCCACUGGAUCACCAAUGGAUCGUCGGCCUCCGCUUUGACGUCUUGGGAUGCGCGCUUGACAAUGUGAUCAGCUGCGACGAGCAGUUCGUCAACGUCGCCUUGGACAAGCUGCCCACUACGGUCUUCUGUCCGCCGGGUUGCGCCAAGUUGGACCACCAAGUCUACGGCACGUGGGGGUACAAAGAGGAAUCUCACAUCUGCGCCGCCGCCAUCCACGCCGGCGUCAUCGCUGACAAGACUGGAGGAAAGUGCACCUUGCUGAAAGCGCCGCCGCAGAAGAGCUUCCAAGCAUCCGAACAGAACGGAAUCCUCUCCAAACAAUUGAACCAAGAGGGGCCUUUGGCUUUCACGUUUGCCGACGGAGAGAUGAGAUGCUUGGGACCUGAGUGGGAGGAGUUUGCCGGCUUCUGCUACAAGAUUUUUGAGGACAAGAAGACCUGGGCCGAGGCUCAGCACGCCUGCGGGACUUUUGGCGCCCAGCUGGUGUCCGUGGGUUCCCUAGUGGAGCAGGAGUGGCUGAAGACGACUUUGUACUUUGAUGACAGCGACACGUGGACCGGACUCAAUGACCUGGCUGUUCCCGGCAUGUUCGUGUGGUCAGACCGCCGCCCUGUGACCUUGACCUUCUGGGCUGCCGGAGAGCCCAACAACGAGCUCCCCUUGGACGACAACUGCGUGGCGGCGGCUUUCCAGACGGGACGCUGGAUGCGGAUGUUGUGCACGCAGCUCAAUCGCUUCGUGUGCAAGAUGCCCAAAGCGCAUUACACCAUCGCCGCUGGAGAGCCCGAGACGGAAAGCGGCGAUUCCAAGGCCUUGUCCAUGGUGUCGACUGGAACUUGCAAAGACCUUGUCCUGGAAAUGAUGAAAGGUCUUCAGGUGGGAAGUACCAUCACCAUCAAAGGGCUGGGCAACGACAAGACCAAGAGCUUCCAAGCCAGCUUGCUCAACGCCGACAACCAAACCAUCCUGCAGCUCAAGCUGGACGCCGAGACCCAAACCGUCAUGCUGAGCUCCCAACUGGACAGCGACCUGGACCAGCAGCUAAACCAGCUGCAUGUUGCCCGUAUCCCCCUGCAACGUGGCGUGGACUUCAAGAUCGUCAUCCGCUGCGCCCAGCACGUCUUCCGCGUUUUGGCCGGGGGCCACCGGCUGCACUACGCCUACCAGGGCCACCUCCGACUGGCAGACAUCACGCUGCUGCGACUGCAUGGCGACGUGUCGCUGAAGGUCGUCCGCCUGGCGACGGCGCCGCCCACCUGAGCCGCAAAAACUACGACAACACAACAGCGGCGGUCUCGUACCGUCCGCUGCCCGAUAAGCUAAGUUUGUGCAUGUUUUCUUGACACCUCAAAGCACUUACUGAGCUUCAGGAGAGUGAGGAGGGGAAAAAAAUAAAAAAUACAGCAGCUAUCCAGUUAACUAACUGCAAAAAAAAUCUAGAAAAAAAAAUGGUAUUCCUUUUGUGUUAUACAAUAUCUAUAUAUAUCUACUGUAUCUAUCCACCAAUUUUGAAUUCCACCUUUGGAAUUAUAAUUAUAUAUCUGUAUAUAAAGUAAAUAUCUAUCCACUGCCACCGUCUGGGGCUCAUGGCUCCAAAAAAAAAUAUUUUUGAGUGCCCUGUUUUGAAUUCUACAUUUUGAAUUACAAUUAUCUAUCAAAGUAUCUAUCUAUAUAUCCGCCGCCGCCGCCGUCUGGGGCUUAUGGCCCCUUAAAAAAAAAAAAAUAUGUUUUUGAGUGUCUUCUAUUUAAUCGAGAUUUGGCUUGAAGAUUUGUACCUAAGCAGUGUUUGUCCCUUUGUUUGACCCUUGACCUUUGUUUCCCAUGAUGUACUCCAAUGUU